AUGGGCAAGAUACCCCUGGAAAAACCUCAAAGCUUGUCUAUGAUUUCUGUUUCCCUUUUCGUUAACAAUGCCUCGAUUACUAAUCUCUGGGAACUUGAUGUUUUAGGUAUAAACGAUCCUGCUGAAAGAAUGACUCGUGAGGAAACAGCGUUGGCAGCUAAAGAAUUUUUCCUGGAAACCAUCACAAUCGACGUAGAUGGUCGGUAUGAAGUUAGACUGCCGUGGUUAGAAGGACAUCCGGCAUUACCAAGCAACUAUCAGAUGGCUAAGAAGAGAUUGGAGAAUACUGUUAAGAAAGUUAUUAAUGACGGAUAUUUCGAAGCGUAUGACCAGGUGUUUAGAGAUUGGCUGUACGAAAAUAUUAUCGAAGAAGUUUUCGAGAUACAACCUACAAAGGUGGCUCACUACUUACCACAUAGGCAGGUAAUAAAACCCAGCAGCGCGAUCACAAAAAUAAAGCCUGUUUUUGACGCUUCUGCCAGAGAAAGAGACAGCCCCUCUUUGAAUCAGUGCCUCGAGAAGGGUCUGAAUUUGAUUGAAUUGAUUUCUGGUAUCUUGCUAAGAUUCAGGCGACAGAGAAUUGGUGUAGUCUCAGACAUUAGAAAAGCCUUUUUACAGAUUAGCAUACAUGAGGCUGAUAGAGACUUCCUUCGUUUUUUAUGGUCUGACAGUGAGGGUAAACAAAUAGUGUAUCGCCAUCGUCGUGUGGUGUUCGGAAUCAACAGUAGUCCGUUUCUCUUAGGGGCCACAAUAGAGUACCAUUUGUCCAAGAUGUUGAAGGAAUCUGAUUCCAAACCUUUUUCAAAGGAUACCAUCAUGAAAUUGUCAGAUGGUUUUUACGUUGAUAACUGCGUAACCAGUGUUGCAAAUGACAAAGAGUUGAGAACAUUUGUCGAAGAGGCUAGUAUCGUAAUGGCUGAAGGCAAGUUUGAUUUAAGAGGGUGGGUGCAUACAUAUCAAGUCCAAGAUGGCAACCUUGAUAUUUCCACUUCCGUGUUGGGAAUGAAAUGGAACAAAGAGAACGAUACUUUAAGCCUAAACCAAGACGAUAACACCACAGAGCAAUUCGAAAAUAAACUCGUGACUAAGAGGUUUAUGCUAUCACAAGCUCAGAGAGUAUUCGAUCCUAUUGGUUAUACUUGUCCUACAACGCUAAUACCAAAAUUGUUGCUUCAAAAGACAUGGGAAAAACAGCUUACUUGGGAUACACCGGUCGACCCUAUAAUUGAAACACAUUUUCGAAUGUGGAUGAAGGAGUUGCCGUAUUUAUCAGCUAUUAGAAUCCCUAGAUGGAUACAUGCGGGCUCCGCAGAAGCAGACCAAUGGGCCUUGCAUACAUUUUGUGACGCGAGCAAGGAAGCUUUCGCUGUAGUUGUUUUCUUAAGGGGAGUGCAGAAUGGCGAGGUAUUUGUACAUCUUUUGGCAGCCAAGGCGAAAGUAGCGCCUUUAAAAACAUGGUCAAUAUCUCGACUCGAGUUGAUGGCAGCUAUCAUAGCAGUUCGACUAUACACAAUGUGUAGAAAAAAUCUAAAUAGUGAACUAGAAAGUUUUUUCUGGAGUGACUCGACAACAGUACUCAGUUGGAUUAGAAGACCAGAAGAAUGGUCAACAUUUGUUUGGAAUCGGGUGAAGGAAAUUCGGACAGCAUCUUCGGACAAAAAUUGGCAUCAUGUUCCUGGUACGCUGAAUCCAGCUGACCUCCCAUCUCGAGGUUGUUCUGCGAAACAAUUGCUCGAAUCGACAUGGUGGGAGGGCCCGUCAUGGUUAUAUCGAGACUCGUCGUGUUGGCCUCGGGAUAAUCUGCAUUAUGAUGAAGAGGAGAUUAAUAAAGAAAAGAAGAAAAAAUUGGUUACUGUACUACUCAACAGUGAGAGUAAAAUAAUGACGUUAGAAAACUGGCAUCUAUACUAUUUUUCACAAUACCUGAAAACUCUAAGAAUGUGCGCGUGGAUACUUCGAUUUAUACACAAUUCUAGAAAUAAGUAUGACAAGCAUAAAGGAGACCUGAGUGCUGAAGAAUGUGAUAAAUCAGAAUUAUUGGUGCUCAAACUAAUACAACAAGAAUCGUUUGCGAACGAAAAUGAUAAGAAAUUACGUGGCCUGAAUGGCUUUAAAGACAAGAACGGUUUAAUUCGGUUGAAAACUCGUAUUAGUAAUCGAGAGGAUCACGAAAAUUUUCGAUAUCCAAUCGUUUUGCCUGCCAAACACUCAGUGGUAAAUCGGUUGAUAUUUGGGGAACAUGUUAAGUUAUGCCAUGUUGGUGCCCAAGGACUGAUGAGUAUUUUACGAGAAAGACAUUGGAUUUUAGGCGGUCGACGGGCAAUAAAAUCAGCGAUUUCUGGUUUUGUCGUCUGUAAAAGACAUAAUGCUAAGCCGUUUGAUGCAAGUUCCCCACCAUUACCGAUGGAUCGGAUUCGAGAUGCCGUAGUUUUUGAAAUAACGGGUGUAGACUUUGCGGGUCCUUUGUAUCUCAAGACUGGAGAAAAGGUAUGGGUGUGCCUUUUUACAUGUGCCGUAUAUCGAGCAGUCCAUCUAGAACUAUGUAGAUCGUUAUCAACGGCGGAUUUUAUGCAAGCGCUGCGAAGGUUCAUUGCCAGGCGAGGUCGUCCGAAAACCAUAUAUAGUGAUAAUGGGACAAACUUUGUCGGUACCGAAAACGCUUUCUCGCUAGUAGACUUUCAGAAAAUUGCCGAGCAUAGUAGUGCCGAACGCAUAAGAUGGCGAUUUAACCCACCUACGGCUGCGUGGUGGGGUGGGUUUUGGGAAAGACUUGUGGGCGUUUUGAAACAACUUUUAAGGAAAAUGUUAGGGCGUUCUUCGCUGGAUUAUGAAAGUCUAGCAACUGUCCUCUGUGAUUGUGAAUCAGUCAUAAAUUCAAGGCCACUUACUUGCCCUUCAUCGGAUGCUAAUGAAUUGGUACCUCUAACGCCAGUGAUGUUUCUUAGAGACCAGGUACCAGGUGACGUUCCAGAUUGUGAUGCCGUUGAUCAACAGUCGCUAUCUAGGAAGGUGUUACACAGACAAAAGUUGUUGGAAGAUCUUCGGAGGAAGUUCCGCAACGAGUAUUUGGGCCAAUUAAAAUGGUGGUCCAAAAGAAAUAAAGAAAGCCAAGUGAAGGUGGGAGAAGUAGUAUUUGUGAGUAACGAUAAAGACAAACGAGCAAAUUGGCCUCUUGGUCGUGUAAUCGAGCUCCUGCCUGGAAAUGACGGGCGUGUUCGACUGGUCAAGGUCCUUACGGAAAGGGGUCAAUUUCUGAGACCUAUACAACGGCUGUAUCCAUUGGAGUGUGCAGCAGACUACUCUCAGAUGGAAAACGGUGGCAGUUCGGACUUCUUCAUGGGAUCAGAGCCGCUUUCAAGAAACGAAAGUGCAAGUGCGGAAUCGGGAGUGACAAAAAGCAGAGUACCCGAAUCGGAAGUGAGAGUUACGCGAAGUGGGCGAAAUGUUAAAACCCCGGUUAGGUAUUCUGACUGUCAAUAUUAUUAG